UAACUCUGUUAGGACGGUGAGCAGCGCGAUAGUUUGUUGUUUUAGCUUCGGCUACUACUACCACUUUCACUGUCGUUGCCGUUGGUUCGUCUGGUACCCAACCGAACAAGUGUUUUUUCGAGCUGCCGGCAAGUCACUGUGCUAGUGAAAAUUCGGAAAAGUGACAACAAUUUUUUUUCACUGGAUGGUAUUUCAGAUAAGGAUUUUUGGGGUCCAAAAUUGAAGGAAUUUACAUAAAAUGCCGAUGUCCAACAUCUAUGGCACGUCCACAGACGUGGAUAGCGACGAAUCUCUUCCACAUUUGGAUCCUUCCAGUUCGCAUUACGUGGACCCCUGGGACUUGGAAAAUUACGCUUAUUUAAAAGAACACUUGGAUUCUGACAUACCGUCAGACCCAACCAGUUUAGGAGAUUUCGUUGAGGCUCAAUCCUCUUUCGACUAUGUUCCAGUGUUAACUUCGAAAACAUACCCAGAUACUUUGACUACUAUGCGAUAUGAGACCAUGAUGGCAGAUCAAGGAACCUACGCCUGCAUCGAUGAGCUAAUUUAUGAUAGGACAAGACCACAGAGCGACGCUGUCUAUGAUGUAGCACCGAGGAGGAAUUUUCAUCAUGGAAGACAUUCAGAAAUAAGGGUUCCUGUCUACAACCAUACCAACUCGUCCAUCAGCCACCACAACAGGAACAAAAAUAAAAAGAACCCUCCGAUGACUCGAAGAUACAAUAACAGAGAUCGGAGUCUGAGUUUCGCUUAUGGCGAUGGGUAUGAUACCUAUGGUUAUCACAAACAAGGCAUUUAUAGUAAGGUCGAAGAGAAGUUACAGUCUGAAGAUAUAUAUUAUCCCAUUUAUGAUGAUCCAAAAAGUAUAAGGAAGCCUGAUAAUUUUGGUUUGAGUAAAUACGGUCACUUGAAAAUCGACUACUCCUAUAGCUGGAAUAACUUGAACAAAUAUAUUGUAGGUUGAACAAUAUGAACAUGUUCAAAGUAUCAUAUUAUCAAUGAUACAAGUGAAAAGCUUGUUUUGUGUAUUUCAGUGGUUUCUAACAUUAGUUAGUAGCUUUUUUGAAAAAGAAAUAUUUAUUUGCCUAACUUGAGUGAAAAAAUAUAUUUGGAAAUGAUUUCCUUAAAACUGAAGAUUCUAAAGUUCCAAAUUUUUUUGCAACUAAGAGGCUAUAUUUCUUGGUGAAUCAUUUCAUUCAAGUACUGACUACAUGUAGUUAAAUAAUUAAAUUAUUCACGUAGAUAUUAAGAACAUGAAAGGUACAAUUUGGAAUAAUGUGACUAUCAUUGUUAAAAGUAUCAUAAUUUGUAAAUAUAGCAAUGGAAACAACAUAUGAUUUUAUUUCAA